AUGAAAAAAUGUUGGUUCCAUUCGAUGUUAUCCAAUGUGGAGUUAGAAUACAGGUGUAGGCUAAGUAAAUCAAUGGAUAAUCUUGGUCCUCUUGAAAAUACCAGUGUAAGUGAAGACCCGAUUCUAAAUGAUACAGAAAAAAACACCUAUAAUUGGAGUCAUAGUGACAGUAGUAAUGUUGAUCAUUUAGUCGGCGUUAGGGACAUUCGGAAUUUAAACGUGGAUGACACUUUUUUAGUUUUAGGUAGGGAUAAUAAAAAAGACGGUUAUUCCAUAUAUUUUGAUAUUGAAAAUCAAGUUUUUGGGAUUGACAAUAAUCAUUCUUUUUUGAGUAAAUUAGAAAAAGAAUUUUCUAGUUAUUGGAAUUCUAGUUAUUUAAAUAAGGGGUCUAGGAGUGACGAUUCCCACUAUGAUUAUUCUAUGUAUGAUAAUAAAUAUAGUUGGAAUAAUUACAUCAAUAGUUGCAUUGACAGUUAUCUUCGUUCUCAAAUCGGGAUUGCUAGUUCUAUUUUAAGUGGUAGUGAAAGUUACAGCGAAAGUUACAUUUCUACUUACAUUUUGGGUGAAAGUAGAAAUAGUAGUGAAACCGGGAAUUCCAGGCUAAGAACUAGCACGAACGGCAGCGAUUUCGCUCUAAGAGAAAAUUCUAAUGAUCUCGGCGUAACUCAAAAAUACAAGCAUUUGUGGGUUCAAUGUGAAAUUUGUUAUGGAUUAAAUUAUAAGAAAUUUUUUAAAUCAAAAAUGAAUAUUUGUGAACAAUGUGGAUAUCAUUUGAAAAUGAGUAGUUCAGAUAGAAUUGAACUUUCGAUUGAUCCAGGCACUUGGGAUCCUAUGGAUGAGGAGAUGUUCUCUCUGGAUCCCAUUGACUUUCAUUCAGAGGAGGAACCUUAUAAAGAUCGUAUUGAUUCUUAUCAAAAAAAGACAGGAUUAACCGAGGCCAUUCAAACCGGCAUAGGUCAACUAAACGGCAUUCCCGUAGCAAUUGGGGUUAUGGAUUUUCAGUUUAUGGGGGGUAGUAUGGGAUCGGUAGUAGGCGAGAAAAUUACUCGUUUAAUCGAGUAUGCUACCAAUCAAUUUUUACCUCUUAUUCUAGUGUGUGCUUCCGGAGGAGCACGCAUGCAAGAAGGAAGUUUGAGCUUGAUGCAAAUGGCUAAAAUUUCUUCCGCUUUAUAUGAUUAUCAAUCGAAUAAAAAGUUAGUUUAUGUAUCAAUCCUUACAUCUCCUACGACUGGUGGGGUGACAGCUAGUUUUGGUAUGUUGGGGGAUAUCAUUAUUGCUGAACCCAACGCCUACAUUGCAUUUGCAGGUAAAAGAGUAAUUGAACAAACAUUGAAUAAGACAGUACCUGAAGGUUCACAAGCGGCUGAAUUUUUAUUCCAUAAGGGCUUAUUCGAUCCAAUCGUACCACGUAAUCUGUUAAAGGGCGUUCUGAGUGAGUUAUUUCAGCUCCACGCUUUCUUUCCUUUGAAUCAUAACUUAAGUAGAACCUUAACUUAAGUUAAUAGUUAAUUAAAUUGAAUUCCUUAAAUUAUUUUCUUUCUGGCGAAUAACUAUUUAGAAUAAGUAUUUAUUUAUCGGAAUCAAAGGAAAAAUCCGAAGAAUGGAUUUUUUUUGGUGACAUAAGAGGAAAUUAUGGAAAGAAUCAUACAGAUAAUUUUUUUUUUACCGAUAUCCCUGAUUCCUAAUUAGGAAACCUCUAUGAACAAGAUAAAAGAGCGAAUUCUUUUUCCGCGAAAUUCAAUUGGGCAGGGUACAGGGUAGUAAAUUAAAUAAUAAAUAAAACGAAUUUCAUGUUCUUUUCUUCCUAUGUUCUUUUCUUCCUUUCGUAUUAUAUUAUAACUAUAAACUAUAACGAAUUUUGGAAUAAUUUAUAAGGGGAAGAAACUCUUUAUUAAAUUCAAAUUAUUAAAUUCAAAUUAUAAGACAAGAAAAAGAUAAUAGAAGAAUAACAAACAAGUGGAUUAUCAUACAUGUAUUUCAUGUAGAAAAAUGAAUAAGUCCAUUUAGUUAGUUCUAUAUUCCUUGCACUUUCUUAUAUAUACUCACUUAGAUAUACUUAGUAUAAUUAUAUAGGAAUUCUAAUAAUUUUAAGAGAUCCUUCUAUUUAAGAUAUCUUUCUAACAAUAUAAUAUAGUGAUAAUAGGUAAAAAGAUUAAUAUAACAAUAAAUAAAUAACAGGUACAAAUAUUAAAUCGAGGUGCCCAUUCUAUGACAAUUCUCAACAACUUACCCUCUAUUUUUGUGCCUUUAGUGGGCUUAGUAUUUCCGGCAAUUGCAAUGGCUUCUUUAUCUCUUCAUGUUCAAAAAAACAA